AUGGAUCAUUCACAAAAUUUAAAUUGUGAUCAACACUUUUACUCAACUGAACGGGAUAACGCAGAUAUUUUACUACUGGAAGCUUGUUUAAACCAAACAGAAGGACAGAAAAAUAUAUUGGAAGCAAAUGUGGUCAAGCAUGAACGAGUAAAAGCAGAGAUCUGUGAUUUACAAUUGAAGUUGGAUAAUCUCCAACGAACAAUGGAAGAUAAAAAGAUAUUUCACCAACAGUCUUAUAAUGAAAUUAAUCAAGAAUUAGAAACAACAUCUUCAAAGUACAGCCAAGUAUUGAGUUCGAUAGAAGAGUUGGAACAAAAUAACCAUGAGUUGGAAUGCAGUGUACAAUCUCAAUCAUCUCUGGAAUCGCAGAUUAUUGAAAAAAUCAAUAAGUUAGAAAUUUCAAAAAAACGAGCUAUAGAAUGCAAUAAUAGUAUUUGGGAUAAAAUUAAUAAUGAAAAAGAGUGUGCAAAGUCGUUUCAACGGCAACAGACUGACUUGGAAACUGCGAUCGCUAGCAAAACCACCGAAGCACAAAAGUUACGAGUUGCGUUGACCGAUAAAGAAGCGAUGGUCCAAUGCCAAGGAAAUCAGCUAACAGAACUACAGCGGCAAAAUACCUCCAGUGACAGAACCCUACAAGAGUUUACCACUGAGUGCCAGGAACGAGAAGCUGAACUAGAAGCGCAUAGACAUGCGGCACCUGAGAAGCUGGCUCGGGCUGACCACUAUACGGAUAUGGUCCGUCGCGAACUAUCCGACGCAUGCGCUGCAGCAGCUGGCUGGAAGACCAAGGGCCAAAGCGCGGCAAAUUCACAUUGUGAACUAAUAACAGCUCAAAAAGCGGAACAAUGUCGAGCAAAAUCUAUUCUUGCAGAACUGAGUGAUGAACGAUGCCAGUUGGUCGAACGACUGGCUGAUACACUGCAACAAUUGAAGUGUGCGGUGGCAGAAAACUGUCAGUUAACGGCCGAUGCAAAAGUUUUGGCCGAGCGAUUGGCCUGUCUUACAUCUGAGAGUGAGCGACUGAAUGUGCGCAAGUUCUCCGAUCGCCUUUCACAAAUGGCACAGUGCACGGUUUUUGAUGGCCAGGAUGACAAGACUACUAGAAAGUGGAAUACAUUGGAGUCGGUCGAAAACGAGGUAGAACGACUUAAAUGGGCGUGCGAGGACCGUGAACGUGCUAUCAAGGACGCAAAGGGAAAGCUCGGUGAUUGUUGUACAGCCAGUGCAAGAACCAACUGUCGUUAUGAUUACUGA